GACACGAAGUCAGAAACCGGAAACACGCGACCAUCGUCAUCUGCAGGAAAAAUAACAACAAAACAUUUCGUCACUGUGUAGCUUUGUUGGAGACAUUUUAACAGUGUCGAGCGCUUUUAAUCUUUAACUCGUGUUCUGCCCUCGCUUCAUGGGUGCCUAGCCCUGGGUUUUCUUCUAAGCUAUAUCUACCUGGUAACAUCAGCCUAACGUCACUCCUCCAACAUGGCCCAACCGAGAGGAGUCAACAGUCUACAGUUCAACCAGGACCAGAGUUGUUUCUGUUGUGCCAUGGAAACCGGUGUCAGGAUCUACAAUGUGGAGCCUCUUAUAGAGAAGGGGCACCUUGACCAUGAGCAGGUGGGUAGUGUGGCCCAGUGUUCAAUGCUGCAUCGCUCCAACCUGCUGGCUGUAGUAGGAGGUGGAGUCAACCCCAAGUUCUCUGAGAUCUCAGUGUUGAUCUGGGAUGAUGCUCGGGAGGGGAGGGACCCCAAGGACAAGCUAGUGCUGGAGUUUACCUUUACCAAGCCUGUUCUGGCCGUACGCAUGAGACACGACAAGAUCAUCAUUGUGUUGAAGAACAGGAUCUAUGUCUACAGUUUCCCUGACAACCCUGUGAAACUGUUUGAGUUUGACACCAGAGACAACCCUAAAGGACUGUGUGACCUGUGCCCCAGUCUGGAGAAACAGCUGCUGGUCUUCCCUGGACAUAAGUGUGGAAGUCUACAGCUUGUGGACCUUUCCAACACCAAGCCUGGCACAUCGUCCGCCCCCUUUACCAUCAACGCCCACCAGAGUGAGAUCGCCUGCCUGGCGCUCAACCAGCCUGGCAGCGUCGCGGCCUCGGCCUCCCGCAAGGGUACCCUCAUCAGACUGUUUGAUACUACCACCAGAGACAAACUAGUGGAGCUGCGCAGAGGAACAGACCCUGCUACACUCUACUGCAUCAACUUCAGUCAUGACUCUUCGUUCCUGUGUGCCUCCAGUGACAAGGGCACUGUUCACAUCUUUGCUCUCAAAGAUACUAAACUCAACAGACGCUCAGCAUUGGCUCGUGUGGGGAAGGUGGGCCCAGUGAUUGGUCAGUAUGUGGACAGCCAGUGGUCAUUGGCCAGUUUCACCGUUCCGGCAGAGUGUGCCUGUAUCUGUGCGUUUGGGAAGAACACCUCUAAAAACGUCAACUCUGUCAUCGCUAUCUGUGUUGACGGGACGUUCCAUAAAUACGUGUUCACCCCUGAUGGCAACUGUAACCGAGAAGCCUUUGACGUUUACCUGGACAUCUGUGAUGAUGACGACUUCUAAGAGGAUGGAGAGAGGGAAGAAGGAGAGCGGGAGAGAGAGGGGGAGGGCAGGGGAGAAGAGAAGAGACCUGGUGAUAAAUGUGAUAAUGGUAGGUUGGAUUUAGAAUCAGACAGAGGUGAAGCAGAUGUUGUACAGAACAAAAUACAGGUGUGUGAAAAGGGUCUGUUUAACGCGAUUGCCUCGUGUUCUUAUUGUAACCAAGUGUAUUUAAAAAUGUAUGAAGAUUAAAAACAUUUUUACGAUGA